CUCUCCCCGGUACGUCUCAGGACACGCCGCUUCCCCUCCGGCCCCGCCCCUCCACGAUGGCCCCAAACCGUUGGCUCAGUCCCCGCCCCCGUGAGCCGUUGUCGGGAGGAGGCGGUGAGAGUUGCUGUGUGUCCCGGGGACUGAGCGGGGAGCUGGGCCUUGCCUGGUUGGAUUUGCAUUGUACGGAACCUGCCUCCUCAAAGGGAGGGCACACAAACAGGUCAAUCACUUCAAGGCCAAGUACAAAACAACCCAAAAAUUGGUGUACGUACCCCCGGGUAACCCGGAGCGGCUUGCAUGACUGGCCAUCAUAAGUUGUAUGAAAUCCCCAUGAGACGCCAAACUGACCAAUUUUGCUGACUGACUAUUGCCAGGAUAGAAGCAUUUCCCACCAGGUUUCAUCAACAAAAUGUCUCACUGUGUCAAGAUGACGGCUCUUCAAGUUUUAUCAAAGCUGUGCAGACCUGGACUGCAGGCCUACAGCACUGGAGUCAGGAAGUUCUGUCUUUCUCCAAAUGGUGCAUCCCAAAGUCACUUUGAUGUAUUAGUGGUGGGAGGUGGAACGGGAGGAAUUACUAUGAGUGCUCGGCUGAAGAGAAAAGUGGGAGCUGGAAAUGUAGCCAUUAUUGAACCAAGUGAGAAGCAUUACUAUCAGCCCAUGUGGACCCUGGUGGGUGCUGGAGCUAAACCACUGAACAAAUCAGGGAGAUCAACAGCCAGUGUUAUCCCAUCAGGAGUCACAUGGAUCAAGUCCAGUGUUCAGGAAUUUGAUCCAGACAAGAACCUUGUUCGUAAUGACGAUGGCACACAGGUCUCCUACAAAUACUUGAUUAUUGCUUUGGGAUUGCAGCUGCAAUAUGAAAAGAUUAAGGGACUUCCUGAGGGGUUCACUGAUGGUAAAAUUGGCUCGAACUACUCUGUGAAUUUUGUUGAGAAAACCUGGAAAGCCUUACAAGAUUUUCGCGAAGGAAAUGCCAUUUUUACCUUUCCCAAUACACCCGUUAAAUGUGCUGGCGCUCCACAGAAGAUCAUGUAUCUGUCUGAACACUACUUCAGGAAGACUGGGAAGCGGCCAAAAGCAAACAUAAUCUACAACACUUCACUGCCUGUGAUCUUUGGAGUGAAGAAAUAUGCAGAUGCUCUUCUAGAGAUUGUUAAGACCCGGAACAUUGAAGUGAAUUACAGAUCGAAUCUUAUCGAAGUUCACACAGACAAGCAAGAAGCUGUAUUUGAAAAAUUGGACCAUCCAGGGGAAACAGAGACAUUGCAGUACGAGAUGCUACAUGUCACUCCUCCAAUGGCACCUCCUGAAGUGAUUCAGAAAAGUCCGUUAGCUGAUGCAGGAGGCUGGCUUGAUGUAAACAAGGAGAAUCUACAACAUUGCAGAUACUCCAAUGUAUUUGGUAUUGGAGACUGCACCAAUUUACCAACAUCGAAAACUGCAGCAGCAGUCGCUGCACAGUCUGCAGUGCUCAGUCAGACCAUUUCAUUGGUAAUGAAGAACCAGAAGCCAACACAUAAGUACGAUGGCUACACAUCCUGCCCACUGGUUACUGGUUACAAUCGCUGCGUGUUAGCUGAGUUUGAUUAUGAAGCACAGCCAUUGGAGACUUUCCCUUUUGACCAGGGCAAGGAGAGGAGGAGCAUGUUCCACAUGAAAGCAGAUCUCAUGCCCCCUCUUUAUUGGUAUGCACUCCUCAAGGGACUUUGGGGAGGUCCGAAACCUCUGAGAACAUUCAUGCACCUUGGUAUGAAGUAAAGGAUGUCCUUAAUUGUAAUCUCUGUUCAGCAACCACCAACAUCUCUCUCAUGCGCUGGUCCUCUCUGAACUGAACUGCAAUACUGUACGGGUAUUCUGGCAUUAUCCUAUCAAUUCAAAAUGGAAUUACUGAAUAGUUAUCCAAAAUAAUAAAAUUCCUUCAACUUGCUGGA